AUGCCCGCCGAAGUCGAAGGGGGUGCUGUACCUGCCUCUAGUAGAGGGUCCUGGACCUCAUUCCUAAAAUCCAUAGCCUCAUUCAAUGGCGACCUAUCAUCGUUAACCGCACCAGCCUUCAUUCUAUCAUCACAAUCCCUGGUCGAAUUCUCGGCAUAUUGGACCGAGAACACGUCCUUAUUCAUUGCACCCACUCAGGAGCCUGACCCGGCGCAGAGGGCUCUCCUUGUACAGAAAUGGCUGUUGAACACUCUCAAACAGCAAUACUGCUCACGAUCAGAAAAGCUGGGCUCAGAGAAGAAACCACUGAACCCUUUCCUAGGAGAACUAUACCUUGGUCACUGGGACGAUGAGUUCGGACAGACACAGCUCGUAUCAGAGCAAGUCUCACAUCAUCCUCCAGUCACUGCCUACUGCAUCACCAACGACAAACAUCGCAUUCGUCUGCAGGGCUACAACGGCCAGAAAGCGUCGUUUAGUAGAACAAUUCACAUCAAGCAAAUCGGCCACGCCCUGCUGACACUGCACCCGCCCAACAGCGAUGCGGUAGAGACUUAUCUGAUCACAUUACCACCACUUCACAUUGAGAACUUGAUAUAUGGUGCGCCCUUUGUCGAGAUCGGGAAGGUCUGUCACAUCGUCUCGUCGACCGGUUACAUCUCGAAGAUCGAUUUCUCGGGUCGUGGCUGGCUCUCUGGCAAGAAGAACUCCUUCAGUGCGUCGUUAUGGAAGGAAGGUGAAGGUUCCGAUUCGAAACCACUGUACUCGACCGAGGGACAAUGGUCAGACAGCUUCACGAUUAAGAAAGGCCACGGCAAGAAGGCCGAUGUGGUCACAACUUUCAAGCCCUCGGACAUCAAGCUCUCACGACUCAACAUCGCCCCCCUGGAGGAACAAGACGUCCUCGAAUCACGGCGAGCAUGGGGCCAAGUAGCUAAAGCGAUUGCGAAGGGCGAUAUGGACGAAACUUCGCACUACAAAUCUCGCAUCGAGAAUGCUCAACGAGCCCUUCGGCGGAAAGAACAGGAGGAGAAACGCGAGUGGAAACGGGUCUUCUUCAGCAACGUGGAUAGCAAGGAUCCCAACGAAGCCGAAUUCGGGAAACUGGUCAAGAUGAUGAUGCACCCCAGCGUGGGCGCCUCGACGUGGGAGGGUGUGGCUCCAGACAAGACAUCUGGCGUUUGGCGAUUCGACGACAAGAAAGCGGCUCAGGCAAGGAAACCUUUCCAUGAAGACGGUCUCCUUGCGUUGGGCGAAAAGGAAGACGGAACCUCGGCGCCAGUGAGCAGAGUCGGCACGAACUUGAGUCAGGCACCAACGCCGACGAGUGCUCACCCACACAGUCCCGUCGAGCAGGCCAAGUUACAAGGCUAG